AUGUUGAAAAGAGAUCUCGCUGAUAAGCCAGCACUACAACAGCGGUUAAGAGAAAAGGAAGCCGAUGCAUUAUCAUUCAGAACCAAAUUGAUGGAAAUUCAUAAACACGAAGAAGCACAGAAAACUGAAAUAAGAGAACUCAAAACAAGAUUACAUCAAUUGGAAAAUGGCGAAGAUGUUAAUAAAGUCCUUCAUGCUGAAUUAGAAACUUUAAGAAAGGAACUCAAAGAAGUACGUGGUCGCGAAGUUAUUGCUUUGGAGAGACUUCGUGUUUUGAAAACGAGAAUAGGAACAGAUAGUGAAGAACUUCAUUUACAAGAACAAUUGGAACAUUUGCGAUAUGUUGAAAUAGCACAACGCGAACGGAUUUUGGUAGUCUUCUUUAAUUUUUCAACCUGCUUGGCAUUGGUUCAAGAUGAAGAUCCUGACAUUGCUUCAUUGCGUGAUCAAAUUUCAUCAUUAAGGGCUUCUGAAGCCGAUCUAAAAAGAAAUAUUCAAGAACUUGAAUCUAAAUUACUUUCAUUGCAAAAAGAAUCCAAUAUUUUUGAAACUGUCAAAGAGGAAAAAUGUUACCAAGUUGGCUUUAGGAGUAGUCAAGCAAAUCCUUAUAUUGAAUUAGCUAAAGGUUUUGUAGUUGAUGAUCUUCCUGAGACUCCGUCUAACUGGAUACUACAAGAGGGUUGGACACGCUAUAAAAAAGAUAUAAAACCUGAAAAAGUAGAAUUUCCUAAAGAAAAAAUCUUAUGUUUUGAUGUUGAAACAAUGCAUAAUGUUAGUAAUUAUUCUUUGAUUGCCUGCGCUGUUUCACCUGAGGCCUGGUAUGCGUGGGUUUCACCAAAGCUAAUUGAACACAAACAGGAAGUUGAAAAAUCAAAAAAUAAUAAUGCUGCUGAUUCAAAGGACAAUGAAAAUUUAACAACUAAUAACAAAAAUAAUAAUAAAAAGAAGAAAAUUGAAGAUAUUUUUCGAAGUUCUAAUAAGGUUGGAAGUUUGAUUCCUAUGGGUAAUAUGCCAGAUACCCGUAGAAUAAUAAUUGGACAUAACGUUGGAUAUGAUCGUGCACGUAUCUUAGAAGAGUAUUCAUAUAAGCAUUCUGGUAUUAAAUUUAUAGACACUAUGUCGUUACAUAUAGCUGUAAAUGGUUUGUCUUCAAAUCAACGUUCAACUUGGAUUAAAUAUAAGAAGGCCAUAAUAGAGGAUGACAAUGAUUAUGUGGAUUCAGCGAGGGAAUUCAAACCUAUAUAUGAUGUAAGCUCAAUAAACAGUCUUCAAGAUGUUUAUAGAUUGCAUUACGGGGAAGAACUUGAUAAAUCAUCAAAAGACUUUUUUAUUAAAGGAACUCUUGAUGAUAUAAUUGAUCCAGAAACUUUUCAAAAGAUAAUAACAUAUUCGAGGGAAUUCAAACCUAUAUAUGAUGUAAGCUCAAUAAACAGUCUUCAAGAUGUUUAUAGAUUGCAUUACGGGGAAGAACUUGAUAAAUCAUCAAAAGACUUUUUUAUUAAAGGAACUCUUGAUGAUAUAAUUGAUCCAGAAAAUUUUCAAAAGAUAAUAACAUAUUGUGCUAAUGAUGUAAUAGCUACCCAUAAAAUUUAUUGUAAAGUCCUUCCACAGUUUCUGGAUGUUUGUCCUCAUCCAGUAUCAUUUGCUGGAAUGCUACAAAUGGGCAAUAUGUUCUUAACCACUUCAAAUGAUUGGAAUGAUUACAUUAAUAAAGCAGAAACCAUGUUUCAAGAGAAGUGUAAAGAUCUUAAUGAUAGUUUAACAAGCUUGGCAGAGGAUACUUUAAAAGAGGGUACGAGCAAUCCUGAAAAGAUAAAAGAUGAUUUUUUUUUAAAACAAUUGGAUUGGACAUGUCCCACAUCCAAUAAGGUUAGAAAACUUCCAACAUAUCCAAACUGGUAUAGAGAUAUUUAUAAUACUAAAACCAAUGAGUUAAAAAUUACAUCUAGAAUGAGAAUUGCGCCUCUUUUAUUAAAGUUAAAAUGGAAUGACUUUCCAUUAUAUUAUUCCAAAAAGUAUGGUUGGACAUAUAGAGUACCCAUAGAAAAUACUACUUAUGUAACAAAGGCAAAACCAUGUGUCUUUCGUGAAGAAAAAAAAGAAUCAUCGUCAGUUGUUCAACAAGGAAAUCAAAUAGAUCUUCGUAAUAUGGAACAUCUUACAGAAGAACAUAAUGAAGCCGAAAAAUCUAAUAAGACCGAAAAUAAUAAAACAAAAAAAUUAAAAUGGAAUGACUUUCCAUUAUAUUAUUCCAAAAAGUAUGGUUGGACAUAUAGAGUACCCAUAGAAAAUACUACUUAUGUAACAAAGGCAAAACCAUGUGUCUUUCGUGAAGAAAAAAAAGAAUCAUCGUCAGUUGUUCAACAAGGAAAUCAAAUAGAUCUUCGUAAUAUGGAACAUCUUACAGAAGAACAUAAUGAAGCCGAAAAAUCUAAUAAGACCGAAAAUAAUAAAACAAAAAAAGUUGUAGAAGAAGAUAAAAAGCUUGCGGAUGAUAAAUAUGGGGUUUAUUAUCGUAUUCCACACAAAGAUGGAGAUGAACAUCGUUGUGAAACUCCAUUUGCAAAACAUUAUAUAAAUGAUUUUGAAAAAGAAGUGUUAAGUUCAGAAUAUAGUAUGGGAAAAAAUGCAAUUCAAAUGAGUGUUAAUUGUUCAUACUGGAUAAGUUGUAGAGAACGUAUAAUAAGUCAGAUGGUGGUAUACGAAGAUCAUCCAGAAAUUAAGGAUAUGGGAUUUAAAAAUGAAAGUUAUAUGUUCAAUAGUUUAGAAAACAUAGCGAUAAGCGAAUCGCCUCGAACCCCAGUUUUAAAAUGUGGUAUUACUGAAGCGUUGAAUAUGAAAGUGGUUAAAAAAGGAUAUAUGACAUCAAGAAUAAACUGGGUCGUACAAUCUUCAGGGGUUGACUAUCUUCAUUUACUUUUAGUAUCUAUGGAGUAUUUAAUAACAAAAUAUAAGAUUAACGCACGAUUUAUGAUAUCGGUUCAUGAUGAAAUAAGAUUCCUUGUAGAAGAGAAAGAUAGUUAUCGUGCAGCAUUAGCAUUACAAAUUAGUAAUCUAUGGACUCGAUCAAUGUUUAGUUAUAUGUUAGGAAUUAUGGAUUUACCAUCGAUUAAAGUAACUUACAAUUCAACAAAACGUAUACUCUCAAUUCCAGAAGCACCAAAAUGGUCUGAUUUAGACGAAAGAAUUCGUACACUGUUUUCUUUUUCACCUGAUAUCAACUUUACAUUAUCUUAUACAGAUGAAGAGUUCGAUAUUAUUACAAUAUCAACCGACUUAGAAAUUCAAGAACUCAUUUCUACCGAAGAAUCUCAACUUCAACAACAGAACAAAGACAUUGGAUUAAACAAAAAUAUUUUGGUUGACGAUAAAAAAGAACAACCUCUAAUUCAACGACGGGAAAUAGAAAUUAGACCAAACCAAGAUCUUUUGGUUGACAAUAAAAAAGAAGAAUCUCUAAUUCAACGACGGGAAAUAGAAAUUAGACCAAAGAAAGAACUUUUUGAUGACAAUAAAAAAGAAGAAUCUCUAAUUCAACGACGGGAAAUAGAAAUUAGACCAAACGAAGAACUUUUUGAUGACAAUAAAAAAGAAGAAUCUCAACACGAAAAAGAAAUUAGACUAUUCAAAGAUCUUUUUGGUGACGUUGUGAAGAAAAGUGAAGAAAGGCGCAGUAUUUACAACUUUGGCAAUUAUGAUAAGAGCAGCAGCAACAAAUAUGAUGAAGAAAGACAAAAUAAAACUUAUAGUAAUAGCUACAAAUUUAGCAGCUAUGAUAGCAGCAGCAACAACAACAACAAUAGGCGUUUUGAAACAACUGCAUCAUCUUCAUCUUCAUCAUAUAACAACUAUCCAACAAUUGUACGAGAAGAAAAAAAACCAGAUGUUAUGGAGUUAGUACAACAAUUUCAAGCCUUGAUAAUACAAUACGAUGAUGUUAUUAGUUCUAAUGAAGAAUUGAAAACAAAGGCUGAUAGUACAAUGGAUCAAAUUCUCAUCGGAAAACCAGUUGAUUUUGAAGUUUGUCGUGAAUGGUUAGAGUCUUAUCGUCCAAAAGAUAAUAAAAACAAAACUUAUAGCUUUGUAAGUACGUCAACUAUACAAAAAGAAGCUCCUACAAAACCAUUUUCUAUAAAUAAUAAAGAUGACGAAGUUUCUUGGCUUCAACAACCUGUAAGAAUUUCAAAUGGUAAUCGUGGUAAUCGUGGUAAUCGUAAUAGUAGAGUUAGUUUUGAUGACAAUGAGAGAUCAUCACCUGAUCGUUUUACAUUAUAUUAUGAUGAACUUCAACGUCUUGAAGAAAUGGGAUUUAGAAACAAUAAUGAUAGAAGAUUGAUUGAAUUAUUGAAAAAACAUAAAAGAAAGGUUGAUCAAGUGGUAGAAGCAUUAAUUAAUUAG